AUGAGCAAAAUUUUUAAAUCCUUACUUCAUAAGCGGGAUUCGCCGUCAACGAACGUAGCAAAUAAUGCGACAAACAACAAUACUAAUAUUCAAUCAGCAACACCACAAGAUAUUCUUUUGACAUUAACACAUUUAAGAAAAGUCUUUUACGAAUUCAGUCAUCCACGAGUAAACUGGACAGUUCAAGAUAAAAAUGAUCGUCUGUACAGCACAUUGCCAAUGCUUAUUAAGGUUCUCAGUUUACUUGGAAACAACGAAUGGGAAGAAAAGUUUCCAGAGAUUUCAGAUUUUACUCUGGCUGCUGCAAAAUUGAUAGUGUCGGAAAUUAGAAUUCGAGCUGAUAAAGAGCCGGGAACAGGUAUUGACUGUUUAAUUCAUAUAGAAAAAGACUUCAAAUACAGCCGUACUCCAUUUCUUUGUGUAGCAGCAGCAAGUGUUGCCAUCGUACAGUAUUUGGAAAUGGGUGAUACACAAGAAGAUUCGAUGAAUGGAUGGACAUUAUUUCGAUCGUUGAAAUUACUAUCAACUGGUCCAAACGUAUUAUUGGAAAAAUUUGCCCAAGCAACAUUACCAAGUACGCUUGUCAAAUGUUUAUAUCUCUUCUUUGAUUUACCUGAAAUAUCAACAACAAAUGAUCAACGCUCAGACAUAUCAGCAAAAGAAAAACGAAUAUUAUUACAACAAGUAUUUUUUCAAUUAUUAUCUCGUAUUGCUACCAAUUCAUCUUGUGUUGAAGAAUUAACGAGGAGAGAUGAUUUGUCGCUAUUAUUUAAUGCCAUUUCGAACGUUCCAUGCAUAUCACGUUGUGUUGAUAAUAUUCGUAAUAAUCCAGAUUUAUCUUUAGUUGAAAUAGCCGACGUUUACGUUACAUUAAUUACAUUAUUGAAUGAAUCGGCCCGUCUAUCACCUGUGUUAUUAGAUGAUUUUCGUUUAGCUCACUGCUAUGUUCAUAUGAAAGAUCUUAUUUUGAGAUUGGAAAAUGAGUGGAUGGAUGAUGAAUCAGAAAAAUUAUUUUCAAAUUUUAUUACUCUCAUCGGUGACUUAUGUUACGCUGGUUUCACUGAUAUCAAAUUACCACAAAAACCUGAAACAAUCAUUGACAUUCCAUCGUUUGUUAUGCCACAACCGAAAAAAUUCGGUUUUAUUGUAAAAAAUUUGCAUGCAUUUAAUCUAUUGCAAGCCGUUUUUCAACAAACUACUCAUCCUUACCUCAUACAUAUUGUUUUCGAUACAAUUAAUAGCGUUCUCUUGGCCGAUAAUGCUAAUUAUUUUAUUACCGGUGAAAAUUUAUCGCCUUUAACAGAGGUUAUAUCCAAUAAACCAAACGAAAUUCAGAUAAAAGUGUAUGAUUUACUAGAAUUUGUUGUAUUUCAACUUAAAUACAUUCCAUUUAAAGAACUAGUUAAUUUAUCUAUAUUAUUAAAAGCAAAUCAUUCUGUGCAAAGCAAUAUCCACUGUGUCAAAUAUUUGGUUCAUAUAUUAAAAUUUAAUUCAAUAUUAAAAGAUGCAUUGCGUGAAUUGGGCUUUAUAGAAGUAAUGAUAACAUGUUUACAUCGUUUUGCAACAUUACUCAAAGAAUUGAUAGAAGAUCCAAAUGAUAAGGGUGAUAAAAUGGACCAACAAGAAAAAGAACUGGGGUUUUUGGUUAUGGAAGCUCUUGCAUUAUUAUUGUCCCAUAAUCAAAAAAAUGCUAAAGUAUUUAGAGAGCAUGGUGGAGCACGAUUAGCGCAUAAUCUAGUACCAUAUCGUGUAUGUCGUAUAGCUGCAUUAACAGUUGUUCUUCAUCUUGUGUUAUGUACUGGUGGUGAAGACGAUAUGGGUACACUAUUGGGAUUAAUUCAUACGUCAAAAUUAGAAGAAUUAGAAUUAAAAUCUGUUGUUUUGAGAGGUUUAUUAUAUAUAUUACGAGAAAGCCAUCGUACAAGAACAGUAUUUCGAAAAGUAGCUGGAUUCGUGUACAUUGUAUCAUUACUUAUAUCAAUGGAAGGUUGUUUGGCUGUGCCAGCUAAAUAUCCAUGGACAACAGUUUCACGACAUGAAAUAUUAGCUAUUAUUCGUCUAAUAUUGAACACUCUGACAGUUGCCAUGCGUUUUGAGCCGGGAAAUGCACGUUUAUUUGAAAAUGAAGUUCGUUGGGAAAGUUUAUGUGAUGCUGUUAAAUUACUUGGUUGUUUUAGUGACCCGUAUCAUGAUGAUACAUCAUCACAAAAAAUUGAUUAUGCAGCCAAACAUAAUUAUGAUAUUUUUGAAAAUUUAUUCUAUUCAUUAGAUGAAAGAUCUUUGACAUCGAUUAAUAAUAACACGAACAACGAAAUAAUACCAAUUGAAUUAAUAAAUGCGUGUCAAAUCAUCCGUUAUUUUCAUGAUAUAGCGCUUGACUGUAUUGACAGUUGCGUUAAGUUUGGUGAUGAUUUUACCAGCGAUAGUAUACAUGAAUCAUUAGUGAACAAUCAAAUAUCCAAAGUUGAUACCUUCAAACGUUUAUCUUCGACUACUGAUGAACCACCGAAUAGUCCACUGUUUAAAUAUACUAGUGCACACCACCAAACGCCUUUGACAACUUCCUCCUCUUCUUCAUCAUCAUCACCAAAUAUAAUGCUAAGUGGUGGUACGAUAGUAGCAACAAAUAAUAAUCCAACAUUUACAUUUCCAUUGUAUAUGGAUGAACCAUUGAUUGUUUAUCCGGGUGCAGUUGUUUGUAUAUUACAAAUGUUACCUUGUAUACCUAAACAAGAAAAUAGUCAUGAACAAUUACACAAUCGUUUACAAUAUUUUAUUAUGUUAACAAUUAGAAAUUUAUUAAAGCAUGAUCGAAAUUUACAAAUAAUGGCUACACACGGUUUUGCACAACAUCUUCUAACCAUAUGUGAGAAAGCAUUAGAAAAUGAAACAAAUUAUUUACAUUCACCUGUACAAUAUAUAUUUGAACGAUUGGCAGCGUUUAUUCUACCAGCGAAAACAUUAAGGCAAUUUUUACGUUUGGGUGUCGAUACAUAUACAGAAAAUAGUGAAAUGUCAUCAUCAACAUCGAAAGAUAAAUCAUUGAUACCCUUAAAUCGUAUAAAGUGUUUGGUAUCAAUGACAACAUUGCGCGAUACAAGAGUACAGAUAUCAACAUCGUCGACAUUAUCCACGUGUAUGCCAGCGUUUGUCGAAUUCAACAUGGGGAUUGAAGGUUUUGGUGCAUUAUUAUUGCCUACCAUAACUCCACAAUAUAUUUCAUCAUCAUCUAGUGUUGUGAGCAAUUUUGGUGUCGUAACAAUGACAAGCGAUUCAGCUUUGCAAGGUGGAAUUACUUUGAAUAGUGGUGGAGAAAGAUCAUUUCCUCCACAGUAUGGUAUGAGUUAUUCAACAUGGAUUUACAUAGAUAAAUUUGGACCGAUUAAAGAUAAUAUUCAUCCGAUACGUUUAUUAUCUAUUAUAAGACACACGUAUAAUAAAGAAGAUUAUCACUUUAUAUUACAAAUAUAUUUACAUCCAAGAGACAAAUCACUAUCUGUAUCAACACAAGAACAUCCAUUUCAAGAUUGUCAUAAUGAUUCGGUUUCUACUGACGAAAUAAAAUCUGAUGGUCUCGUGAAAUUUAUAUGUUCAGAAAUGAUGGCUGAUCAACGAUGGACAUAUAUGACACUAGUGUGGACAAAAGGAAUGUUAAAAAAUAGUGCUGUUACUCUUUACAUUAAUGGCAAGCAAAUCGCUACACAAAAACUUCAUUAUAUUAACAACAUCUCACCAUCACCUGGUAACAGUAUUUCAACAUUUGCCUAUAUCGGUUCACUUCCUGUGCAACGUGUACAUUCAAGUGUUGUAUGGAGACAAGGUCCAUGCUUUUUGAUUGAAGAAAUUUUAUCGCCACAAACAAUAGCAGCGAUGAGUGGAGCUGGACCACAGUAUAUUGGCUGUUUUCAAUCUGUUUGUACAGAUCAAUCAAACGAUGUAUUUGCACCGUUAUUUGCCGAAGAGAAAAUUAUAUUUAGUUUACAUCCAGCAAGCUCAUUUGAAACAACAUUGUCAAAAUUUAAAAAGACCUAUAAUAAAAAUGAUGCAAAAUUGGUUGCGAAACAGUUAAAUAUGCCAACGAGUGAAAAUACUGUUCCUAUACGUAUUCUUCACAAUGUUGCUGCUCUUUAUCCGGGUCCUGCACGAUCCAUCGGAGGUGUUGUUAUUGGCUAUUUAGGAGUGAGAAUAUUUGUUCCAAACUCAGUUUCAAAAACAAUUGAGCAUAUUGGCGGUCCUUAUGUUAUACUUGGACUUGUGGCUUCUUCACACGAUAUUGAAUCGUUUUAUGCAUCAAUAAAAGCGUUUGUUUGCGUCUUAAAAUCAAAUAAACAAAUGCAUAAUGAACUACUACGUACAAGAGGAUAUCAAAUUCUUGGUUUAUUGUAUCUGAAAAAACGUCAUUUAUUGAAUAGUCAUAUACUUCAUUUAACGUGCACUUUAGCGGGCACAAUAGAUACAACACGAGAAUCAACAAGUGUGACGAAUCCAGCUGCAUUUGAAUGUUUACUAUGUGAAUUUGAGGUGUGGAAAGGUGCAUCAUCUGAAAUUCAGAAGUCUUUAUUCGAACAUUUACUUGACGUAUUUUCCACAACUGAUCAACAAAAUAUUGUCGUCAAUCAACGUUUAACACAAAAAAUAGGAUUGGUAUCACGAUUACUACAUUUGUUGAAAGAGGGAAUGUCUACAUUACAUGAAUCAACGAGAGCAAUUGUUAUUAAUCUUAUACGAGUGUUAUUAAUUACAUAUAAGAAUACAGCUGACUUUAUUCGAUUUGGUCAAUUUUUAGUUUAUUUAUUACCAUCCAGUUCUGUUUCAGAGAAAACUAUUUUGGCAAAUACAGAUUUACAACCGUCAAGUAAAAUAAAUGAUGACUCUUCUGUUAGUUUACAUCAUAUAAAUUUAAGAAAUAGUCUAUUAGAAAUGUUAGCUAAAACAAUAAGUGAAGAAAAAUAUUAUUUAACUGAUGAAUUUUUAAAUUGUCUCGGUUAUGAAUGGUUAUUAUUAUUUCUUCAAUCAAAUUUACAUUCUAAAACAAUCAUAUUGGCUACAAAAUUACUUACUGCGUUUCUACUAUCAUCGCCAAAUGCUUUAAAUCGUUUUCGUGACAACUGUAUGGUAAUAACAUCUGGUUCAUCGACUACAACAAAUCCACCUACAUCUUUAUCAACACCUACACAAACAACAUCACCAUCUCUCAUUAGUGAAAACUGGACACAAACUAUAAACGAAAAAUCUCAUUUUAAACCAAUGUUUGGUGUUGGAGGUGAUAUAAAUGAUAUGAAAAGUUUGACAAAUUCAACAAUGAUCAUACCUGGUUUUGUAUUUUUACAAUAUUUAUAUGCACAACGAUAUGAAAUCAUUCCGCUUUAUUAUCAAUUAACAUCAUUGUUGUUUCGUCAAAUACCAGAAGAUGAAGUAAUGGACUAUUCGGAAUUAAAAAUUGAUAAAUUAUUAAAAACAGUUACGGUUCAUAUACCAUUGACGUCAUCCACAUCAGCUCCAAAUCAGACAGCGAAUAAACAACAACAGCAACAACCACAGUUUGAACUGGAUACAUGUCCUGUAUUACUAUCAAUGACAAGAAGUUUAGCAAUGCAAAAUGAUGAACAAUCUGAAAUGAAUGGUUUGGCAAUAAUUAAAUUUCUUCAUCAACUUUACCAACGUAAAACUGAUUUUUACAAUUAUUCACAAACAGUAGAAUAUCUCACUCCAUUAUGCAACAUUAUAUUUCCUACGCAAUCCCAAUUACAACAAUCGAACGAACCCACAAGUCCAACUAGUAUCAGUCGACAAAGUCUUCCAGUGCUUAAUGUCACAACAAACAUCAGUGAUGACAUAGAACAGCAAAAAUCUAAAAACAAUCUGAAUGAUACAUUUUCAUUGAGUACAACAAUUCGCGGAAGUAUUGUUGAAGUUUUACGUGACAUUAUUAUUGAUAGUUUAUAUUCAACAAAUACGCGUAUACCAAAUGUUAUAGACUAUUUUAUUUUAUCUCUUCCUGAUACCAUCAAUGAUAAAUUAUACCAAACAUUUGUUCAUUCUGUAUUUAAAUCAGUCAUGGAUUGUAUGGAAACAAGUGAAGUAUGUUCAUUGACAAUGAGCGAUGACACAUCUUCAUUAAACAGUAUGGGAAUGAGAACAUUAACAACAACGCAAAGUCCAGUAACACAUAGACAACCGUUUCAUACACCCAAAACAACUUAUGCUCGAACAUUUUCAUCAGCCUUUACAUCAUCAACUUCUUCAGCAUCAUCAUCAUAUAAAGCUCUUGUAGAAAAUGUUGCUCAUUUUAUUGAACGAAUGGUUGAUAAAUUAUGGGAAAGUUCAUACUAUCGUGAAGCAAAACAAAUAUUUGAAUUUAUUAUUCGUAUUGUUAAUCAAUCUAAAAAACGUGGUUCAAAUAUUCAUAUUGAUUCGAUUUUUCGUUCAUUAAAUCGAACAAUUUUAUUUGAAUUAUCAAGAAAAAUGGAUUCAAUUAGUGAUCAAAUGGUUGCUUUAGAUGCAUUACAUCGUAUAGCCAAUUAUCGUCAAUUAAUAUUUUCUGAUACAAAUCAAGAUUCUGAAUUUUUUGGUUGUUUAUGUUAUUGUUUAAUUGUUUUACUUGAUGAAACAGGUUUAAAACAAAAUGGUGGUGAUCUAAAUUCAAGAACAAUAUGGUAUCAUCCAUUAGAUAGUCCAACAGGAGUUUCAUCAUCAUCAUUAUUAAAUCCUCAUCCAGGUAGAGAUUUAAUAUUGAAUGCAGCACAACGAAUUUGGCAAGAAUUAUAUAUGAAAAAGAAGCCGGCAUUAGAAGAAGUAUUAAAAAUUAGUUUUUCACAAUUAGUCAAUCAAAAUAAGACAACUUUAAAUGAAGUAAGCGAAUAUUUAUUUGAUCCAUCAUCACGUGUUUGGUCAAGUUUUAUCGAAGGUGAAAAACGUUUAUCAGAUAAAAUUCAACAACAAAUUAUGCAUGUUAGCUCACGUAUACAACGUGUAGUUGGACUUACCGGUGGAUUACGUUCAAGUCUAUCAAAUGUUGUACAAUUAAGAGGUUCAAAAGUUAAACGUGAACAAAUUAAAUUAGAUUAUCAAACAAUUCAUAAUAUAUUAGCAUUAAUGUCUGUUAAUGUGUCAACUGUAAAAGAAAAUGUUGAAAUUGAAUAUCGUCGAUUAGCACAAAAUAUUGAACAAAAAUAUAGUUAUUUAUAUGAAGAAUGGGAUUCAAUUGAAAAGGAUUUGUUACGUGAACGUGGAUUAUGGGGCAGUGAUGAACCAAAUCGUCUUGAUAAAUGGAAACUCGAUUUUACUGAAGGACCGUGUCGAAUGAGAAAACGAAUGAUAUUAAAUGAAGAAUUUUAUAAACAUUAUCCAUAUCGCAUUGAAAUUGAUAAUAUGUCUCAAAAACCGGGACGUAAAUUUAAUCCACCCGUAUCAUUCGAUAGUAAAGAAUACUAUCUUCGACAAAUCAAUUCUAAACAACAUUUAUUGCUAACAAAUACACAACAGCAAAAACAACAAGUACAACAACAAUCAUUUGAAAUAACAUCUCAAACUCCAAAAGAGACAACAAUCGAUUCAUCUAGAUUAGAAAUUUCUCCAAAUGAAAUUGAUUUAUGGGUUGAUAAGAAUAAACAAGAUAUAGUUGUGUCAUCACUAUUAGCAACAACAACAAAACGAAAAGCGAAUUCAGAAACGGCUGUAGUACCAUCCACUGAUGAUGAAGAUGAUGCAUUAUUAGAAAAUUUAGAACAAGAUGAAGUAGAUACUGAUGUUCAACAAACUCCAACAAGUACUUCAGAAACAGUUGAAAUAGAACCGAACAAUCAAAGUGUUUUACGUUUAUUAGAAGAUGAUGAAAAGAUUGUACUCACCUUUCGGUGUGCAAGAAUUGAAGGUUUAGAUUCAACAGAAGGAAUUUUAAUAUUUGGUCGUGAAUAUUUUUACAUACUGGAAGGUUUUACAUACAACAUAGAUAAAAAUGAAAUAACUGAUUUAGAAACGAUUAAAAAUGAAUAUGAACCGUUAAUACCAAAAUCUUCGUCAACUGCUAUUGAAAAUAUAUAUCAAAAAGAAUGUAGUAAAUUUGCGUAUGAAGAUAUCAAAGAAGUUCAUAAACGACGUUAUUUACUACAGCCUAUAGCACUUGAAUUAUUCUCAGCCGAUGGACGAAAUUAUUUACUGGUAUUUCAACGUAAAGAGAGAAAUAAAGUUUAUCAACGUUUAUUAAAUUCGGCAACUGAAUUAACUGAUUCUGCUCAACAUAGUGUAUCUGGACAACGGCGUAGUAUUAAUAUCGAACAAGGUACUAGUUUCAUUGGAACAUUGAUGGGUGAACGUUCAGUGACUCAACGAUGGGAACGUGGUGAAAUAAGUAAUUUUCAAUAUUUAAUGUAUUUAAAUACACUCGCUGUAUUUCCUUGGAUAUUGGCCGAUUAUGAUUCAAAAGAAUUAAAUUUAUCGAAUCCAUCUACAUUUCGAGAUCUAUCGAAACCAAUGGGUGCUCAGACAACUGAUCGUCUCGUACAAUUUCAGAAGCGUUAUGUAGAAUGGGAUGAUCCGACAGAACCAUUUACACAAGUGUUUCUGAGAUUACAAGGUGGUCAUUUCGAUUUAGCUGACCGUAUGUUUCAUAGUAUCCGUGAUACGUGGUUAUCAGCUAGUAAAAACAAUAUGGCCGAUGUUAAAGAAUUAAUUCCAGAAUUUUUCUAUUUACCUGAUUUUCUUUUGAAUAUAAAUAAAUUUGACUUAGGAAAAAAGCAGAAUGGUCUCAUUUUGAAUGACGUAUUGCUUCCCACAUGGGCUAAAGGUGAUGCAAGAGAAUUUAUUCGUAUUCAUAGAAUGGCACUUGAAAGUGAUUAUGUUAGUUCUCAUAUCAACGAAUGGAUUGAUUUAAUAUUUGGUUAUAAACAGCAAGGACAAGCGGCUGUAGAUGCAACAAAUGCCUUUCAUCAUUUGUUUUAUGAAGGUGCUGUUGAUAUCGACAAUAUUGAAGAUCCGCUCGAACGUUCUGCUAUCGUUGGUUUUAUAAAUAAUUUUGGACAAAUACCGAAACAACUUUUUAAACGACCUCAUCCACAAAAAAAACUUAAUCGUGCACUAAUGGAUUCAGUUGGAACUGAUCGUAGUUUAUUUUUUAAUCAUGUGGACAAUUUAAGACCAUCUAAAGUGGCUAUAAAAGAAUUACGUUCUGCUGUUGGAACAAUCAUUGCUAGUGAAAAAACAGUUAUUGCUGUUGAACAAUUUAAAGCAUUGAUACCGCCAAACUACACACGCUGCAUAUCAUGGAAUUAUCCCGAUGAAAGUUUAAGAGUUCAAUCACUUGACACAGAUAAAGUUCUCAAUAUUUGGGAAAUGGGUAAAGGCCGACACAAACGUUUACAUUUGAAAACUCGUUUAUAUGGACAUACUGAUACUGUGACAUGUUUGACGGCAUCACAAGCCUUUCGUAUUCUCAUUUCGGGUUCUGAAGAUCAAACAUGUAUUAUAUGGGAUUUAAAUCGUUUAAAUUUUGUUCGACAAUUGCACAAUCACGCAGGACCAGUCAGUUGUAUUUGUGUCAAUGAAUUAACAGGUGAUAUAGCUAGUGCUGCUAGUAGUUUUCUAUAUGUUUGGUCAAUCAAUGGUGAUCUGUUAGCAUCAAUUAACACCAUGGCAUUUAGCCGAAAUCAGAGUAUUUUGUGUUUAGCCAUGUCACAGUUGAAUGAAUGGGAUAAUGAAAACGUAAUUAUAACAGGAAGUUCAGAUGGUGUUGUUCGUAUGUGGAGCAUCGGAUAUGAUCAAGUAGCUGAAGAUCAUCACGAUUCACAAUCAAGUAUCAUAAAUGUAUCUGAACCAAGAAAUAGACAAGCAUCAAUUUCAUUUCCAAAUACACAACAAAAAUCGAUUGAUAGUGACGCUGAUUCGGAUGAUGGCGAUAUUUCAACAGCUACAACAGCAAACAAUAAUAUUACCAGAAUGCCGUUAAGAUCAACAUCGGAUGAUGAAGAAAAUAUUGAUGAAAAUUCAUUUCAUCCUCAAAGUCCAAAUACUAUUUCGAAUCCAGAUAAUAGCGAUAAUUUUAUUCUUGUAACGGAAAAAGAAAUCAAUGAAGCAGAUAAUGUAAAGCCCAUAAUAGUCGCCAAUGUUAAAACAAAACCAGAUUUAGACUUGAAAGAAGGUUACAAAUGGGAAAGACAUCUAAUAUUUCGAAGUAAAUUAACGAUGCAUACAGCAUUUGAACGAAAAGAAAAUAUGAAUCCAGCUCCGGUGACCGCUAUUGGAAUCUCGAAUUGGAUUGUGAACGAUAAUCCAGGACGUACUCAAGCUGACCAUUGGGUAAAAGAUGAAACCUUUGAUAGUUGUAAAGGUUGUUCAAUUCGUUUUUCGUUUCAACAACGAAAACAUCAUUGUCGAAAUUGUGGCCAAUUAUUUUGUGCGAGAUGUAGCCGUUAUGAAACCGAAAUUCCACGAAUGAAAAUUUAUAAACCAGUUCGAGUCUGUAAACAAUGUUAUAUGUUCAUUAAACCAAAAGAUGAUUAUCGAAUACAUAAUUAA